GUCGUUGCCGGGAGAUUCUGGUGGCCAUGGUCGAUGAGCGGAACGCGAUGGAUUCACCAGAAGACCGGGGGCCGAUGAUGCUCAGAGUGAAUGCGGCCUUCUUGGGAUGUACGAUACUGUUUGUGAGUUUGCGAUCCUACGCAAAGAUUAGUGUGAAGGCUUUUGGUACGGAUGAUGGUAGGGCUCUAAUUUAUCCGUUUGAAUAUAUCUUGGUUGGAGUGGAGUUUGGGCUAAUUCUCCCUAGUGUUGGUUUGCCUUGCAGGAGUAACUCUCCCCUUAAAUGUUCCUCGGCCGCGUGGGAAAUGCAGUGGGGUGGUUCAGCUAACCCGUUUGUCCGUCAAAAGUUGUCCAGUGUUGGGCUAUUUGUGACUGGCUUUUUUGGUACGUAAUGUUGGGUUGGAGAGGGGUCAUGAAAUAAUUCUCACAGAAUUUCUAGCGAUGAAGCAUGGCAUGGGAAGGCAUGUCGGGACAAUAUCUCCAGAGGAAUUGGUAAUGUACACCAAGGUGAGUUAAAUCCCCUCUCCCAGAAUAGAGUCAUCGCCAAUUCGACUCUAACAAAUUUAAUAGAUGGUCUGGAUCAGCGGAUUGGUUCACUCCGCGUCGAUAGCCUUCGUCAAAGCUUCACUACUGGCACUUUAUAUACGCCUCUCAUCCAGCAGAACCUACCGAAGCCUGAGCUAUAUCACGCUAGUAUUGGUGGUUAGCCAUGUGAUCUCAAGCCUGACGGUGACCAUAUUUCAAUGCGCCCCGGUGCCGUACAUGUGGGACAAGACGAUCAAAGGCCACUGCAUCCCAACACGGAUUUUCCACUUUACAAAUACGGGACUGGACAUUCUGACCGGCGUGUUGAUAUGCACCCUCCCGAUGCUAAUGCUUUGGGGGAUCCAACUUCCGAAACGUCAGAUACUCGGACUGUGCAUAGUGUUCUCACUCGGGGCAUUGUAAGUCACCCUUCCCCAACCGACUCACCCAGCGUCUAAUGACAACGCAGAGCUUGCGCAGCAAGCAUAAUCCGCACCAUCUACCUCCGCGAGCUCCUCGAAUCUCACGACCCAACAUGUACAAUCCCUUCCCUGUAUAUCGCUUGCCCAAGCUAACCCCCAUCAGGGACGGUGGUAGACUCAUUUAACUGGUCCAUAAUCGAACUUCACGCUGCAAUCUUGGCCGCCUGCACACUGAGCCUGAAAACCCUGAUGGAACGCCACUUCCCAAACCUCCUCGGUGCACCCUACCACUACUCACACUCCGCUCCGAGCGGCAUGCGGAUGAAGACGAAAUUGGGCCGACAUACGCACUACCGCGUCAAACACCACAUGGCGUACGCGCUCGGAAGCAUGGAUACUCGUGAGCAUACUACGAAUCACAUUGAGGGUGGCGGAGGGGUAGGUGGGGGAGGUGUGUUGAGUGACAAGGAUAGGGAGGAUGGCGGUGGGAUGAUGGCUGUUGGGGGCGACGGGGAGAGUGAGAUUUUGUUUAUCGAGGUUCCGGAUGGGGGGAUUAUCAAGACUACCGAGGUGGAGGUUAGAGUUGUCGAGAGGGGAUGACAACUAUCAUGACCUGGGGGGCUUUUUUUUGGUUUUGGUUUUGGUAUGAUAUUUGUUUUUUUUCUCUUUUUCUCGGUCUGCUUAUUUGCGCCGCCAGGAGUCUG